AUAUUCGUUGGAAACAAGAAAAAUUAUAAAGUAAAACUUGGAGGAAACAAAGGCCAAACUUUUUUGGUCCAAAGAUCGAGACAAGAUCUUUUUUUUUCUUAAUUAUCUGGGCGAUCGAUUAUUCCUUGUCCGAAAGGUUGAAACUUUAUUGCAGACAGAACUCGAUUGGGUGUUGUUUUGGAUCGUGUGGGGAGAGGAGUCUUUGGAAUGGCGCAACAAGGGCAGGGAAGCAUGGACCCUGCCGUUCUCGACGACAUCAUUCGUCGUCUGUUGGAUUAUAGAAACCCUAAGCCUGGAACCAAACAGGUCAUGCUCAACGAGUCUGAGAUCCGACAGCUUUGUCUCGUCUCUAGAGAGAUUUUCCUUCAACAGCCUAACCUCCUUGAGCUUGAAGCUCCCAUCAAGAUCUGCGGUGAUAUUCAUGGACAGUACUCAGAUCUAUUGAGACUUUUUGAGUAUGGAGGCUUCCCUCCUACAGCUAACUAUCUCUUCUUAGGAGACUACGUGGACCGAGGGAAGCAAAGCUUGGAGACAAUCUGUCUCCUCCUUGCCUACAAAAUCAAAUACCCUGAGAACUUCUUCCUUCUAAGAGGAAACCACGAGUGUGCUUCAAUCAACAGAAUCUACGGAUUCUAUGACGAAUGUAAACGCAGGUUCAGUGUGAGGCUCUGGAAGGUCUUUACAGAUUCUUUUAACUGCCUCCCAGUGGCUGCUGUAAUAGACGAUAAGAUAUUAUGUAUGCACGGUGGCCUUUCUCCCGAUUUGACCAAUGUGGAACAGAUCAAGACUAUUAAGAGACCUACGGAUGUUCCGGACACUGGUUUGUUAUGUGAUCUGCUUUGGUCUGAUCCGAGUAAAGAUGUUAAAGGUUGGGGGAUGAAUGAUCGUGGAGUUUCUUACACGUUUGGGCCUGAUAAAGUUGCUGAGUUUCUAAUAAAGAAUGAUAUGGAUCUCAUCUGUCGUGCUCACCAGGUUGUAGAGGAUGGGUAUGAGUUCUUUGCGGAUAGACAGCUUGUUACUAUAUUCUCAGCUCCUAACUACUGUGGUGAAUUUGACAAUGCUGGUGCUAUGAUGAGUGUUGAUGAGAGUUUAAUGUGCUCUUUCCAAAUUCUUAAGCCUGCGGAUAGGAGGCCUCGGUUCUUAUGAUCAAAAGAGAGUCAGAACCUGGCGGGAGAGACAUUUGAAGCUCCCUGAGACUUUGUCCAGAGGCACAAAAAAUGUUUAAAUGUUAUAUCAUCAUCUUAUUUGAACUCUUACCAUUUUUCUUCUUAAACCUUUUAUGUUCUUAUGAUCUUCUUCUUCUCUGGCUCAUUAUUAGACAGUAACGAAAUAAUGUCUGCAAAUUUUUAUUCUUCAUCUCAACCAAC